AUGGCGGCGUUCGGUGUCAGGUUUGAAAGCGCCAGCCGUAUCGAAGAGCGGAAGGAACAGACGCGGGUGGCCCGGGCCGAGGUGUUGCGGCAGGCCAAAGAUAGUUUUGAAAAAGAACAAAGGCGUAAAGAACUGAAGCAACUUCGAGGUGAGGACACAUGGAUGCUGCCUGAUGUCAGUGAGCGAAUUGAGCAGUUCUCACAGGAACAUUCUGUGAAGAAAAAGAAGAAAAAGGGCAAGCAUUCAAAAAAAGAGAAGAAAAAGAAGAGCAAGAAACAGAAAUGUGAAAAACAGAGUGAGUCGACUGACAGUUCCUCAAGCUCUGAAGUUGAGUGGGUUGAGGCCCAACCCUCCCAGACACCUGACAAAGAAAAGACCUGGAAAGUGAAAGACAAAAGGCCAGAAAAAGAAUGUGACAGCCAUGUUAUUCAGCGGGAUGAGUGGAUGACUGUUGAUUUUAUGUCUGUUAAAACUGUGUCCUCAUCAACACUCAAAGCUGAAAAGGAAACACUACAGAAAAUAGAGCAGGAGAAAGCCCAAGCGCUGCUGCAGUCCACACUUCUAGAAAGAGAACUGAAUCCAUACUGGAAGGACGGUGGAACAGGUCUCCCAUCAGAAAAUUGUAUACCCUCAGUUACUAAAGCUACAGGAGUAGAGGAUGGUGGAUUAAGCUGGCUAAAAAAGUCUUAUCAAAGAAUGAAGGAACAAGCGCAAAAAGAAAACAGAAAAUUUGAAGAUAUUGUAGCUGAAAAAUAUGGAUCAAUGGAAAUAUUCCAGUCAAAGUUAAAAGAAGCUGAAAAGAUUGCCUACAGAAGAGAAGACUGUGGAUGGGAGCGGUGGAGGAAGCCUGCGCUGUCAGACAGAGGACAGUGUAGUCAAGUGGGUGGCACACCGGAGUUAGGGACAUUGGAACAGUGCGCAGAGGGCAGACAUUCCGAGACAGAGCUUGCACACAGCGGCAGCAACUGUCCAUUGCGUGGUCUUAACACGGGGAAGAGAUCUGGGUCUUUAGAAACCUGUAGAAGAGAAUCUGCCCUAAGAAAAAGCCAAGAAUAUUCUGGAAAUUUGAGACCUAAAUUCUUGAAACCCUCUGAUGAGGAUGAACUGUCAUCCCGCAGCAAGAGAAGAAAUUUUGAACCAUCUACUUUAUCUUCUACAUUAGCGGCUCGGACUCCUUUACAUCGUGAUUUUCGAAAACCCCCAGAGAGCAGUGAAGAAAGUUUGACAUCCUGGAGCCUGUCUGGUAGGCGAGAAGGAGACAGGAAGCACUCAGAUCAAAAGCCGUCGGAACCCUGGAGUUGCAGUGAUGAUCAGCACUCUGCAGGAGACAAGAGAGAACAACUUCAGGCUGAGAGCGCAAGGGCUGACUCUUCAGGAAGAGGACAUCCGCAGGACACAAGUCCAGGGGCAGAGUUCACCCAUAUCUUGAAUAUUGAUGAAAAGAACAAGUUGGGGGCCAGGAUUAUCAAAGCAGAGAUGAUGGGGAAUAUGGAAUUAGCUGAACAUCUUAAAGCCCAACUUGAAGAGGCAAACAAAUUUAAAGAAACCGCUACACAGAUAGCAGCAAAAGGAUCAAGGGUAGAGCAUGAAGAUGAACAGGAAGUGAUCCUUACUAAAACAGAUGAGUCUGGAAGAGUAUGGCCUAUGAACACCCCGAAAGAAACCCUGGAUCUGAAAGCAAAAAGAACGAACAGAGGAAGGGUUCCAACCCAUGAGGGUAAAGAAAGGAUCCGAUACUUUCCUGAUGAUGAUCAUCUGUGUCUCAAAGAUUUAGUCAAGAAUGAGAAGAUGGGAACAGAUACCAAUCAAAACAGACUUUUCAUGAGAAUGGCAUCUAAGUUUAUGGGAAAAUCAGAUGGAGACUAUUAUACUUUGGAUGACAUGUUUGUCUCCAAAGCAGCUGAGAAGGAACAUCUUGGUAAAGAGGAAGAGAACCAGAGGAGAAGAGCAAUAGCUGAGCACCAGAGUCUUGCUGCACAAAUGGCAAAAUGUUUGUACUGUUUUGACAGCGCCCAGUUCCCUAAGCACCUUAUUGUUGCAAUUGGUGUGAAGGUUUAUUUAUGUUUGCCCAAUUGUCGGUCUCUCACUGAGGGCCACUGCCUCAUCGUUCCUCUGCAGCAUCAUCAAGCAGCCACUGUAUUGGAUGAAGAUAUCUGGGAGGAGAUUCAGAUGUUUCGGAAAUCAUUGGUGAAGAUGUUUGAAGAUAAAGGAUUGGAUUGUGUCUUCCUAGAGACUCAUAUGGGCAUGAAGAAACGGUACCACAUGGUUUAUGAGUGUAUCCCUCUCCCAAAGGAAGUGGGUGAUAUGGCUCCCAUCUAUUUCAAGAAAGCCAUAAUGGAAUCUGAUGAAGAAUGGUCCAUGAAUAAGAAGCUGAUUGAUUUGUCUUCAAAAGAUAUUAGGAAGUCUGUGCCCAGAGGCUUGCCUUACUUUGCUGUAGACUUUGGCCUUCAAGGAGGAUUUGCCCAUGUCAUUGAAGAUCAACACAAAUUUCCUCAUUACUUUGGAAAGGAAAUCAUUGGUGGUAUGCUGGAUCUAGAGCCCAGGCUCUGGAGGAAGGGGAUUCAGGAAAGCUUUGAGGACCAGAGGAAGAAAGCGUUGCAGUUUGCUCAGUGGUGGAAACCGUAUGAUGUCACCAAAAGUAAAAGCUGUUAAAUGUAUGUCAUGCAUCAUUUCCUCUGCUGAGCCCAUUCACGUUAUGCCAGUUACUUCUACAAAUAACUGUGCCUUGGGCCCCAGGGAAAGCAACAGCAGUGGCGCACUCUCAUUAUGACAUCCACAUGGGUCAAGUUGUUUUUUAACUUGACUCCUAGGGACUUGAUUUGGGUGAUUGUGGAGUAACAGCAAGUAUAUCAAGAUUAUCGGCUCACAUUCCUUUCUGUGUCUACUUCUGACUGUUCCAAAUUACUCGCUUACUCUAGAGAAGGAGUUGUUUCUGGAGGUCUAGCAUGGCUUCAGGGGAAAUUGGGUCUGCUUCCAGGUAGAGUAUGUCACCUGGUCUCUUUAAAAUAAUACUGGGUGUGUGCAGUACUAAUUGAAAUUUAUUUUCAUGGUUUUAUAGAAGUUUCUUUUUAUUUUUUACUAGUAGCAUAUAUCAUAUAGUGAUAAUAUAUCACUAUAGUAUCUUCACUAAAAAGGAUUAAAGGAUUAAAUGAUAAUGAAAAUAUGCGUUUUUCAUUUUUGGACUUUUAAAUAGUCUGAAUUUUGGUAAUCUUAAAAGUGAUUAUUUUAAGUAAUUCUCAGUUGUUUGGGGUUCAUGUAAAGCUAAAGUCUGUAGCCAGAUCACUGCAUCGGGUAUUAAUGUCUCAAAUGUUAAAGGUGUUAAGUAUCGGGUUGUUCUCGUGUUUCUACUUGAUUAAAUGCACUUACGUUUUCUUGUUUUAAACAUUUGGUUUUGAGAAAGCCUUGUAUUUGAAAACUAUGAAUUGUAGUAAGUCUUUAACAUGUUUUUAAAAUGUGACAUUUGUUAUAAAAUGCUAAUACUUAGAAUCAGUAGGAAGUGUGCUCCAGGGUACCUCAUGUUUAAUGGCAGCUUGUCACUGUUUCCAUGUUUGUUCUUUGUAUACCACAAAGGCAACUGAUUUUUGUUCUUUUCAAAUUUUACAAAUAUGUUGAAGCUUAAUGGUUUUAAUCUUCAAUAAUUAUAAGUUACAUCUAAGUGUGUAUAUGUACAUAUCUAGACAUUUGGUAUCAGAGUCUUUUCACUGUUAGCUUUGCAUUGAGUCUUAUGUUCAUUUUUUAAUCAGUGAGUUAAAACAUUUAAUUAUAGAGUACUAUUUAAGGUUGAUAGUUCAAAAAAUAUAAAUACUCCUGCCCCAAA